UCGACCAUUUUUAUUGCCGUCUGACGGAGUAUGCUGUGGCAAAGAAUUUCCAUCGGUCAGCAUCGGACAAGAAUGGAUGAUGAUUUGUAUGUAUUUAUUCGAGGGGCAGAACACUGUGGACAGGUGCAAUGGCUGAACUCUGCGUGCGGACAUACUGUGACACACAGGCGCACGCGUACGUACCGUCUGCGUAAUGGCUCCGUCAACCUUUAAGCUGCUACCGCCAAAGUUCAGCAAUUAGUGCAGUUCAAACACUUCGGGGCCACAGCAGUUGAAGGUUCCUCCCCCGUCGGUAUAAGUAGAGCGAGGGUUUGAGAGAGGAACUCGCACAGGGCCACCCACUGCGAUUCCACACACACGGAGAGAACGAAGUUUGCAGGACUCAUUGGUAAAUGAAGUCAAGGGUUUCCUUUGGCUUUUGAAAAAUGAAUCCUCAGGAGUUGGUGAAAUAUUGCUUUGUAUUCCCAAUUUAUUUAGUGGCGUUUCUCGCAGGGCUUCCCCUCAACGUCAUGGUGUGCUGGGUACUGGGACGCACCAAAAAAAACUCCAUGUCCAUUUACGCGCUGAACCUCGCCAUCGCAGACCUAUUUUACUUGGCCGUCGUUCCGAUGAAAAUCGGCUACACCUUCAACGGAAACAACUGGAUUUUCCCCAUAUUUCUCUGUCGCGUCAGCAACCUGAUAUUCUUCACCAACAUCUACGCCAGCAUCAUGAUCCUGGCGGCGAUCAGCAUCGACCGCUACAAGGCCGUGGUGCACCCGCUGGAGAUGUCGCGCUGGCGGGAGCCCAGGACGGCGUGGAUCGUGUGCGCCGUCAUCUGGGUCAUCACCAUCGCCGAGAUCGCGCCCAUCAACUCCGUCACGUUCACCGUGAUGGUCAACGCCACCAACGGCAGUGCUCCCCCCACCAUCAAGUGCUACGAGAAGUUCUCAACCAGUGACAUGGACUUCUUGACCGUUUACAGACUCUACUUGUUUUUCUCCCUCUACCUCCCCUCGCUAGUCGCCAUGCUCUUCUCGUACAUCAAUGUCAUCAAAUCUCUGUUCAAAGUCGACGAUCGGGUCGAGGUGAUGAAACGCGACAAGAAGAUCCGCGCCAUCAAGCUGACCGUCUUGGUUAUCAGCAACUUCUUCGUGUGUUUCACCGCCUACAACGUGUCCCAUAUCAUCGGCUUCAUCGAGAGUAGAUACAACAGCAUGUCCUGGGAGAGCUUGGCUCUGCUGCGAGACAUUGCACUGGGCCUCAGCCUUCUCAACAGCCUCUUCGACCCCGUGGUUGCCUUCGUUGCAUCGUCCUCAUUUAGGAAUUCGUGCAAAAGUAUCAUCAAGUGUAGACUAUUUAAAAACCGCAUAGAAGAUGCAGCAACUUGACCGAGCCGCAUCGCAAACUGCACAGCUCACACAAACAGCACAUCUGCACCAUUACCACCAUGCCUUAGAGCUGAAGCCAAACAUCCUUCUGAGUCUGGAUAUGUCUCUAGAACCCUUAGUCGUUCAUUCCUUGUGUAGAAUAUACAAGAGAUAGACAAGGAACUACAGACUGAGGAAUUGAAGUUGCUCCUGUAUGACACCGCGAACGUGGUCCCUGUAACAUGCAGAGACCAAGCCCUCUUUUGUUGACUGUGGUGUCGGAAAGUUGCAGGUCAAAGUCAGAAAGAGCGGUGACGUCAGGACUGUCAGGAAGAGAGCAAAGAGGAGGAGAGAAUGAAUAUGGCAACGGCACCGAUGGAAAGGGUCGUGAUGAGAGCGGCCGAGUGGACUCAUGCUGGGUGUGGAGAGAGGUCGUGGUGGUCCGAGUGGUGUGGAGAGACGAGGAGAUGGUUGAGAUAGGGUUAUGCGAAAGAAGAGGGGGCUGUAGAAAGAGUGCAGGACACAGUGAUUGGAGGGAGGGGCUCUGAUGAAUGGACAAUCGUGAAUGGAUAAUGAAUGUUCUUACGAAUAUGGGAUGUGUGCGUGGAGAGGCCUUGGAAAAGAGUUGGGAGUUUGACGUCAGAUUGAUGUUUGUUUUCCAGAAGGGAGGGUGUGAAGGGUAGAGGUUUAGAGGGCAGAGGAAGAGGAGGUGAUAGUACGGUGAGUUUUGAAUUAAGACGUUUCAUAGGGAAGUGUUCAUCGGCAAAGAGCAAAGUCGUGCACCUGAACUUUAACAGCAGUGA